UUUAAAAGCAGCUGUUUCCUGUGUGAGUCUGACAGGAAGGGUUGUUCUAUGAACUCACUCAAACUGAUGGUGACGCAGUUCACUUCACUUACGAGUGUUGAUGCUUCAGUGUUGAAACGCAGCAGCAGCAGAGACUGAAGCUUCCAUCCAUUAAAACUGGAGUCUGGAUCCUGAAGACUGAGAGCGAUGAGCCGAGUACAAACCUACAAAGAAGGUGAAGCUGCUGCCUCCCAACAAGCAGAGUCCAACACGGGGUCAAAGGUCAGAUCAGAGAGAGUGGCCCUGCUGCUUCUCAGUGCUCUGCUGGCAGCUGCUGCCGUUGUUAUUUACCGUCUCUCUUUUGCACAUUUUCAAACCAAUAAAAAUCUGCAAAUGUUGAAGGAUGAAAAUGAAGCAAUGAGGAAAAAUCUGACAAUGUUGAAGGAUGAAAAUGAAGCAAUGAGGAAAAAUCUGACAGAGAAACUGUCUGAAUUAAGCUCCUGCACCUCAGAACAGCUGAUCAGACCCAAACCUGCUGAAGCCAAAACCACUGGACUAUGUCGAACGUGUGAACUAGACUGGGAUCAACAUGGAGGAAGCUGUUAUUAUUUCUCCUCCUAUAAACUGACCUGGGACCAGAGCAGAAGUGUCUGUAAAGGUCGAGGAGCAGAUCUGGUCCAGAUAAACAGUGAAGAGGAGCAGAGGUUCCUGGACGACAAAGUGGGAGGAAAAAUGAAUGGUUUUGACGACUUGUUCUGGAUCGGACUGACAGACUCAGAGGAAGAAGGCAGAUGGUUGUGGGUGGACGACUCACCUCUGAACACAAGUUUGUCUUUUUGGUACAAAUGUGAACCAGACAACUGGACUGGAGAUAAUGCUGCUGGAGAGCACUGUGUGAGGAUGGGAGUAAAAGGAGGAGCUACAGACCUGAAGUGUUGGUUUGACAGAUCCUGUGAUUCACAUGAAAGAAGCAUCUGUGAGAAAGCAGCUGAAACUGAACGACUCAUCUGUGUCUGAAUCCAGUUUAAACCCAAUUUAAAAUGUGCGCACACAUGUUUUAAUAACUUAAUACUUUAAUAACAAACCAAUGUGAGUUUGAUCACGUUGGAACUAAAUGUAUAAAUAUUGAUGUAUUUAUUUUAUAAAUGUGCUGUUCUCUUCUCAGUUAUCACUAUUUGUCACCUGGAGGCUUCAAGUUUGUGUUUAGUAACUGAACUAUAACACUUUGAAAUGUACUUUGUUUUGAAUAAAAUGAAUUGAAGUAGGAUGUAUGAUGU